AUGAGGUCAUUGGCAAUUUCCACAAUUCCACAAAAUGCCCCGCUUCCUCGUUGCUCCUCACCGUCACACAGGGCACAGAAGAAAAUGCAAGGAUCUUCAGCGAUAAAGCUGCUGAGUGGCACAUCCCACCACCAGCUAUCACAGCUCAUAGCGAAGCGCCUCGGGCUUCCACUCUGCAGUGUAAAAGUAGAGCUCAAUUCCGCCGGCGAGACCAACGUCGCCCUCCAGGAGAGUGUGCGCGACGACGAUGUCUACAUAGUCAACACGGGCUGCGGUAAUGUAAACCAGCACCUAAUGGAGACAAUGAUAAUGAUCCACGCUUGCAAAAUAGCUUCCGCAUCGCGUAUCACCGCCGUUAUCCCCCACUUCCCUUACGCGCGCCAGGAUAAAAAGGACAAGAGCCGUGCGCCAAUUACGGCGAAACUUAUAGCCAACAUGCUGCAGAAAGCAGGCUGCGAUCACGUUAUCACGAUGGAUUUGCACGCUUCUCAGAUCCAGGGCUUCUUUGACGUGCCUGUGGAUAACCUCUACGCUGAACCUUCUACCCUGCAGUAUCUGCGCGAGGAGUGCGAUCUCGCCAAUACUGUUAUCGUCAGCCCUGAUGCGGGUGGAGCUAAACGCGCAACUAGCAUGGCGGAUAAACUCGAUCUCGAUUUCGCUCUCUUUCAUAAGGAACGCAAGAAGGCUAAUGAGGUGUCGCGUAUGAUUCUCGUCGGUGAUUGUAAAGGCAAGACGGCUAUCCUCGUAGACGAUAUGGCAGACACGUGCGGUACACUAGGCAGAGCUGCUAAACAUCUCGUAGAGGCUGGCGCUGAGAGAGUACUCGCCGUCGUCACUCACGGUAUUCUCACAGGACCUGCCCUUGACGUUAUCAGCGAUAGCUGUUUAGAGAAAGUUGUCGUCACUAACACUAUGCCUCAGGAACAGAACCAGCUCGGGUGUGAAAAGAUUCAGGUCAUCGAUAUCUCACAAGUCCUUGCGGAAACUAUCAGAAGAAGUCACUACGGUGAGAGUAUCAGUGUGCUCUUCAGCAACCUCCCUUACACUGUCGGCGUCAAUUGA